UUGAACAUAACGAGAUGCAAGUCACAAAACCGAGGACUGUUUUAGAAAAUGAAGAAACGCCUCUUUCUUGACUCCAUCUUCGAGGUUGCAGCAGCGGCGUCCGAGGGUAAGUAGCCAACAUGCAGCUCUUUGUCCGCGCCCAGGAACUACACACCCUCGAGGUGACCAGCCAGGAGACGGUCGCCCAGAUCAAAGCUCAUGUGGCCUCACUGGAAGGCAUUGCCCCGGAAGAUCAAGUCGUGCUUCUGGCAGGCUCGCCACUGGAGGAUGAGGCCACCCUAGGCCAGUGUGGUGUAGAGGCCCUGACCACUCUGGAGGUAGCCGGCCGCAUGCUGGGAGGUAAAGUUCAUGGUUCUCUGGCUCGUGCUGGGAAAGUGAGAGGUCAGACUCCCAAGGUGGCCAAACAGGAAAAGAGGAAGAAGAAGACUGGUCGGGCCAAGAGGCGAAUGCAGUACAACUGACGCUUUGUCAAUGUUGUGCCCACCUUUGGCAAGAAGAAGGGCCCCAAUGCUAAUUCCUAAGUCCUGUUGUGAUCCUGCCACACUAAUAAAGCUACUUUGCCCAGAAAAAAAAAAAAAGAAAA